AGACGGGCUCCGAAGACGGAUGGCGGGGGGAUGGCCGGGGGUGGGCGCGGCGCUGGGCGCGGCGCUGCUCGCGAGGCUGGGCCUGGUGCUGUACGGCCUGCACCAGGACGGGGCCAUGCGGGUACGUUACACCGACGUCGAUUACCGGGUCUUCACCGACGCGGCGCGGCUGGUGACCGAGGGGCGGUCGCCCUACGGACGAGCCACCUACCGCUACACCCCGCUCGUGGCCUGGCUCCUGACUCCCAACGUCUACCUCGCCGAGGUCUUCGGGAAACUGCUCUUCGUGGCGGGGGACUUGGCGGCUGCUGUCGUCGCCUACCAGAUCUUGCGGCACCGCGGUGCCGCCGCUGGUCAGGCUUGCGGGUGCUGCGCCGCCGCCUGGCUCUUUAACCCUCUACCCAUGGCCGUCUCUAGCCGGGGCAAUGCAGAGGCCGUAGUCGCGCUGCUGGUGCUCGCUACUCUGUACUUUGUGGAGAGGGGGAACGUAGGGAAAGCCGCAGUCUGCUAUGGGCUGUCGGUGCAUAUGAAAAUAUACCCACUGACCUACGCGCUGCCGAUAGUGCUCCAUCUGCAGAGCAAACGCUGCAGCGGGGAAGGGGCAGUGGAGCUGGGGAGUGACAAAAAAGCAAAGUUUGCAUUCGUAGCAUACCUCUGGCAGCUUUUCGUCAAGAUGCUGAACCGCAAUGUGCUGGUUUUUGGAACAGUUGCUGGAUCUGUGCUGGCUGCCUUGACUGUUGCAUUUUAUAACCUCUAUGGCUGGGAGUUUUUGGAGCAUGCCUACCUCUACCACCUGACCAGGAGGGACAGCCGUCAUAAUUUCUCUCCCUAUUUCUACAUGUUGUACCUAACUUCAGAGAGCAAAUGGAGUUUUGCUCUUGGGCUUGCAGCUUUCCUACCCCAGCUGCUUAUGCUCCUGGUUGUGUCCUUAGCAUUUUACAGAGAUCUUCCCUUCUGUUGUUUCCUACACACUGCUAUUUUUGUGAGUUUUAACAAAGUAUGCACAUCCCAGUACUUUGUCUGGUAUCUCUGCCUUUUGCCCCUCAUAAUGCCUAGUGUUAAGAUGUCCUGGCGGCGUAGUACGCUGCUUCUGUUCCUGUGGUUUGUUGGACAAGGCCUGUGGCUUGCAUCUGCCUACUUUCUGGAGUUCAAAGGAUAUAACACUUUUUUACUUAUAUGGUUGGCAGGCUUGCUUUUCCUUUUAAUUAAUAGUUUCAUAAUUGUUCAAAUUAUUUCACAUUAUCAAAAAGAGGCACUAGUUGCAAAAAAACAACAGUAAUAAACAAUCCAAAAUCCAGAAACAGCCCUACUGUCCUUGGGUAAGAAUUUUCAUAUCACCAGCACUGUCUCUAGUGUAAAUGCAUGUACCUUGUAGCAUGAAUGUAUAUAAACUACACUGUUUCAGACCUGUGAGGGCACUGAUUUGCCUUAAUUGCCCUGCACAUUCCCAGUGGGUGCAGUUGUACCUGUCACCCAUGUAGUCCCUGAAACUGGCUUGUAACCUUUCUAGCACUGUUUCUAGCCCUGUUUUCUGCUGCUCCUGGCUGGUCUGAUCCAUCCUAGGGUAAUGAGGGAAGUGGCAGAUGGGCUGGCCAAGCCGCUCUCCAUUUUUCGACAGUCCUGUCUCACUGGAGAGGUCCCAGAUGGCUGGAAGGUGGCCAAUGUGAUGCCCAUCCACAAGAAUGGCCAGAAGGAGAAGCCAGGGAAUUACAGGCCUGUCAGCCUGACUUCAGUGCCAGGCAAGACUAUGAAACAGAUCAUCUUGAUCUGACUUAACAGGAUGGCCAGGGGAUCAGGUCCAGCCAGGAUGGAUUUAGGAGGGGCAGGUCCUGCCUGACCAACCUGAUCUCCUUCUAUGAUCAGGUGACUGCCUGGUGGAUGUGGAGAAGG